AUGAGGAAGAAACACCAGGUGGCCAUCCGGGCGUUUGCACAGGAGAGGGGGGCGAGGGGGUGGGGGCGCCUGCGGGGGCGGGGGGGGGAGACGAGGAAGAAACACCGGGUGGCGAUCCGGGCGUUUGCACAGGAGAGGGGGGCGAGGGUCAAACAUCCGAGGGAGGGCUGUGCCCUUUGGAGGAAGGUGGCACAGGGGUGGGAGACGAGGAGGAAACACCCGACGAAGCUGGCCGACCACUGCCGGAGGAGGAGGACGGGCGGGAGCCUGGGUCAGGGAGAGGUUCACAGGGCAGCGAUGAAGGAGACGGGUCGAUAGACGACAUGGACGACGGCGGGUUCGAGCUGGAAGGAGAACUGGACGUCUUCGAUCCCGAGUCAUGAUUCAUACCACGAAUGUCUUGCUCUAUCGUACGUCUCACAGGUUGCCGAUGGACGUCACCUAUUAAUACGAGUGUGUUACCGUCUUGAGAGGGUGCAGCUGUGCGUAUGUCCGGCUGCUUUUUCUACCAGGAAAACGUCUACCUGCAAAUUUCCUGUUCGACUUUUCUACCGUCGCACGAGAGGUGUCUUUCCUUGCUCUAUGUUUCAAAUACGAAAGUCAUUCGUCACGUAAAGUUACACGUGGUGCACCACAUUUUGUUUUUCGUGACGCACGAUUAUCCCCCCCCGUUUCUUAUUGUUUUCGUGGUAUUUAAGUAUCGCGCUUGGAGGAUGUUGUUGUUGUGUCCAUUUUGAUGUCCGUCCUUUAUCCCUGAUGACGGUUUAACGCCCUUUUUUUUCUGCUGUGUGGUAAUAAAU